AUGAGGAGCCUCUCGUGUGUUCUACUCUUCUUGCUAGUCCCUUUGUAUGGAUUCGCAACCGACUCGGAUCUCGUACGGGUGUUGGGUCCACAGGGUGUGAACCUCUGGAAGCUCGACGUUGCCGAGGCAGCGCGCAAGCUCGACAGGACUGCCCCUCUGCACGUUGCUCAGGGCCUCCUAGAACAGCAGCCCCUAGCAGCUCCGUCCACUGGCAAGUUCCCAGCGCACUGGUUUACCCAGCCGCUCGACCACUUUUCCAACAGCUCGUAUACCUUCCAGCAGCGCUAUUGGAUCAACACCCGUCAUUAUCGUCCCGGAUCCAAGGGCCCUGUUAUCGUGCUGGAUGGGGGUGAGACCUCGGGUGAAGAUAGGUUACCCUUCCUCGAUACUGGCAUCGUAGAGAUUCUGGCCAACGCGACUGGAGGUGUAGGUGUCAUCUUGGAGCACAGAUACUAUGGUGAAUCUCUAGCUGUAUCCAACCUCUCUACAGAUUCCUUGAGGUGGCUCAACAAUGAUCAAUCGGCCGCGGACUCUGCGAAUUUCAUGGCGAACGUCGAAUUUCCUGGUAUUGAUCAGGAUCUCACAGCCCCUGGCACUCCCUGGAUCUACUACGGUGGAUCCUAUGCGGGUGCACGCGCUGCCCAUAUGAAGAUUCUGUACCCCAAUCUGGUAUACGGUGCCAUAGCAUCAAGCGGUGUUACACAUGCAAGUCUGGAAAAUUGGGAAUACAUGGAGAUCAUCCGUCGCGCUGCGGACCCGCAGUGCUCUCUCAAUCUCGAGCAGGCCAUCGAGGCUAUUGAUGUAAUUCUCACCGUCCCCCUUUUGAAAGAUGCCCUCAAGAGCUUAUUCGGUCUCGCUGGUUUGGAACACGAUGAGGAUUUCGUCUCGUUGCUUGAGAGCCCUCUAGGAUCCUGGCAGGCGAAAAAUUGGGACCCUCAAGUGGGUAGCACACGAUUUGACGAAUUUUGUGCUGCGUUGAGCAAGCCGCUCUUGAUCUCAAAUGAGAUCGUGUACGAUGAGGCCAGCAAAACUGUGGCACUUCCCGUUGGACUGAACAUUCCGUUGGUAGUCUACAACUAUGCAAACUACAUCAAACAGAACUACGUAUCGAAAUGCCCGGAGGACGCUUCUGUAGAACAGUGCUUUGGAACGUAUGAUGAUGUCAAGUUCCAGGACACGGACUUGAGUGAGAUUUGGCGCCUUUGGGUGUUCCAAGUUUGCACAGAAUGGGGUUACUUCUCAACGACACCUCCGAAAGGACAUAGACGCAUCAUCUCCCGCCUUCUGACGCUCGAGUACGAGUCGAAGAUUUGUGAACAGGCUUUCCUACCGGGUGAACACUUCAUCAUUCCUCAAUUCCCCAACGUCACAGCAGUCAACGUCUUGGGCGAUUUCACCAUCGCCGCAGACCGACUUGCGAUCAUCGAUGGCGAAGUCGAUCCCUGGAGGCCCGACACGCCCCACAGCGAAUAUGCACCCGACAGGAAUGACACAAUUCUGCGGCCAUUCAAGCUCAUCCCCAACGGCGUGCAUCACUACGACGAAUACGGCCUUCGCAAUAUCGCUGACGAGCCUCCUGAGAUCGAGAAAGUUCACAGGGAGAUGAUUGAGUUCGUUACAGCGUGGCUGAAGGAUUGGGAGGUGCCAGCGAAUGCAUGA